CUGAGCAGCAUUGUUCAGGCGAUAACUGGAUUUGUACCAUCGCUAAUAUCUUGAGAUCUGUUUACAAAAUAGAAUCGGCGUAAAUGGCCGAUUCAGAUUCGAACGAGGUUCUAAUUGAGGAAAUAGACAGCAACGAUGUGCCGGAGAACGAACUGGAGCAAUUCCAGGAAACGGAGCCGCUGCGCGUGGUGGACAUCAUCGACUGCGACGCUGAUGGCGAGCGGCGCUGCUCCUCCGCGGAGGACGAGGAGGAGGGUGCGCUGAUUAAGCGCUAUGUGCAGGGUGUCCAGUGCCUGGAGUUCCCGGACUUUUGCACCAAGCUGGAGGCUAGCGACGAGGAUGAGGAGGGUAAUGAAGGGGAGCCCGGGGAGGCGGCGAGCAGCGUUGACAAGCCCAGCACUUCGGCGCAGGCGAAACCGCCGCAGGAACAGUCAACUGGUGGUGGUCGUUCUGGGGGAGGUGGCUUUCGGAAAAGCCAACUCAGCACCGCUCUGCAAGGACUGAUGGGCGAGGCGAACCUGAGCUUUGCGUACUGCCGCUAUGAAACAGCAGAGCGCAUCUGCAUGGAGAUCAUCCGACAGAAUCCACUGGCCAGUGAACCGUUCUACACGCUGGCCGAGAUCUAUGAGAACCGUGAUGAGGUCAAGUUUCUCAACUUCUCCACAUUGGCGGCCCACUUGAAUCCCCAGGACCGGGACAUGUGGAUACGGGUCUCCGAUCUGCUGGUGCAGCAGGGAAACUUGGCCCGUGCGCGACUUAUCUACACGAAGGCCAUCAAAAUGCUGCCCAAAGUGUACCAGCUCCGGCUGCGAAAGGCGCAGCUGUUGCAAAAAAUGGGCGAAACCAAUGCCUCCAUGUUUACGUACUUGAAAAUGCUUCCCUUGAUGCCGCCAGAUGAGUGGAAAAUGUGCCUGAAUACGGCCAAAAACGUGGCCCGGUACUUUCAUGUGUUGGAGAAGCACUCGCUUGCCCUGGAGGCCAUGGAGGGAGCGUACAGUGUUUGUGGGGCGCGAUUUAGCCUGGAGGAUAUCAACAUCUACCUGGAACUGCUGAUCCUGAACAAACAGUAUGCCAAGGUUCUUCGGUGCCUGCGGGAGCGCACUAACUUUGAGUUGGAGAACGACCAAGAGGAGAGUCUGGAGCUAAUAUACUUCUGCGAGAUCCCAGAUGACUAUGUCCCCGAGCUGCGUGCCAAGCUCUGCGUCAGUCUCAUCCACAUGCGGGCUCACCAUCUAUUGGGCUACCUUAUCCAGAAUGUCCAAGAGCACAUCACUCUGACGGCGGAUCGAGUUGAGCUAUACAUGGACAUCACCGAGGCUCUGAUGCAAGAGCACAAGUACGCCGAAGCCAUUGCGCUGAUGAGUCCCAUAACCGACGGCGACACCGUAGAGUGCCCGGCAUUCGUGUGGCUGAGGCAGGCCGAGUGUCUUCGUCAGCUUAACCGGACCAACGAGGCCAUUCAGAGCUACGAGAGGGUGGUGCAACUGGCGCCAUUCUGCUACGAUGCACGGUUCACCCUCUCCGCUCUGCUGAAACAGCAGGGCCGGCACGAGGAGGCUGUUCAGGCAUUGGAGCAACCGGGUGAGGCUGACGGCCAGCCGCUGAUUGCCCGUCUGCUGUAUGAGAGAUGUGUGAUGCUACAGCAGAUCGGGCGCAUUGAGGAGUUCUUGGAUGUGGGAUAUGCCCUGCUCAGUCGGCACUCCAUCAAGCUGUACAACCGCGAGGAGAUGAUGGCGGCCGCCAAUGGAGGCAGCGCUUACAAUUCGGAGAGCCUCAAGACCAUCAUCCAAAUGAGAAGCAAGGCGGUUGACAGCUCUGCAGAGCAGGAUAUUCAGGAUCCUGCAAAAAAUGCCGCCAGCGAGACCUCCGACCUGACCGUCAAGGAUGAAUUUGAUCUCUUUCGGGAGCUUGUGCGUACGGCUUUUAAGCAUGGCAUGCACAGCGCCGCUGAGAAGAUCUGCUUUGCCAUGGUGACCACAAAAAGAUUUACAUACUACCAUCACGAGAUCGAGAGAAUUAUGGUACUGACCUGCUAUUACAACGACGACUGUGCCAUAGCCUUCUCGUAUCUGCGUGAGCUUAUCGCCAAACAGCCCAGCCAGACAACGCUGUGGAACAUGCUUUCGCUGAUGAUACAAAAGGGUGACGAAGUGCGUUAUUAUCGCUAUAUGCGGCGCCUUAUGCACCGACAUCCGGUGGAUACCAAACCGAUGCGAAUCUUCCAGGGCCAUUAUCACCUCAACUGCGCAUCUUUUAAGUAUGCUCUGAACAUCUACAUGCCCAUUCUGCGCGAGAAUCCCGAUCCCCUGGUGGCCCUCUGCAUAGCCGUCGCCUUUAACCAACUGUCGCUGCAGAAGAAGGUGCUCCGCAAAUCGGCGUCUGUGGCACAAGCCGUGGCGUUUGGCCAGCGCUACAAGGAGUUACGAUCUGCCGGCCAAGAGUUAGCUGAUUGUGCCGCCCAGCAGGAGAUCUUUUACAACAUCGGCCGUAUUUAUCACCAGGCCAACAUUCUUCACCUGGCCGUGGAGUACUAUGAAAAGGCACUGGCAGUGCCCGUGCAUCCGCUAAUUGCGGAGCACGAAUCUACCCUUGGUCUGCAGCAUGAAGUGGCCUUCAACCUGCACCUCAUCUACCGAGCCAAUGGAAACAAGUGGAAAGCGCGCCAAUAUCUUAUGCGAUACUGUGUGGUUUGAUCAGCGGCGUUCAUGAACUGUUACUCGACUAUUAGGUUUAAUUAUUGUAAAUAAUUUGGUUUUAUAAGCACGUUUAACAAAACUAGCAUUUCGCUUUCGUAUGGCUAAACAGACUUUUUUCGUCUCUUCCGCAAAUGGAUUGUAAUUAUUACAAUGUUACACUUUCUGCACAUAUUGAAAUGAAAAAUUUAUAAAAGGAU